AUGGUCCGGCAAUAUGCAACACAGCCCUCCCGGAGCAGGACAAUGAGAGAGAUGGAUCGCGCGGCUCGCGCAGGCUCCAGCAAGAUGACGAAGGAGCAGAGCAUCUCGCAGCUGCAGAAGAUGGCAAACGCGGAAUACUUCAAGGAUGGAGGGGGGCCGCUGUUUCCAGGCACGUUCGUAUCCCUUCCGCUGUCUCGCCUGCCGCUGAACCCUGCGGACUUUGCGCAAUACCAAUGGCACCGGUUGAGGCACUGGGUGAUUGAGACCGUUUCUUUGCUCAACUUCAAGCUGAAAUCCAUGCCCAACUGGACGACUCGACCCCAGUGGAAAGCUCGGCGCGGCAAGAUUGCGCCCACAGCCAAGGCUCUGUACCAGGAAGUUCUGGAAGCGUUUGCCGCGGGAGAUAAGGCGACUCUGGAGAGGAUCUGCGUCAACGAUUUCGCAAAGAAGCUCAUUGCGGCUAUCGAUCGCCGUAACCCCAGAGAGCGAGUCCACUUCGAGGUGACCAAGUACAACAACCCGCUCUUCUACCCUAAAAGAACGGCACACCAGAUUCACCAGAUCAACAUGUACGACAAGAACCUCAUGACUGAGCAGGCGGUCGUUGCCAUCUCCUCUACGCAGCAGGUGUCCCGAUAUGACGCAUCUACCGGAGAAACCAUCCCCGGAAGCGUCAAGAUCCAGGACAAGGUGGAAUAUGUGGUGCUCUCAAGGCAGGUCAACGCAGUUACGUUCGAGGCGGGUCCGUGGAGAGUUUGGGGAACAACGGCGCCCACGACGUUGGAGACGUAUCUGGAAGAGAAGGAGGCCAUUGACAAAGAGCAGGCCAGGCGAGCCGGAUGGAAGCCAGCGUCCAAGUAG